AUGCUCGCCAACUUAUAUCACACUUGUGUGGGACGCGUACUUGCUCCACUCGCAGCUGCUGGCAUCGAUGGCAUUAAUAUGCAACGUGGUGAUGGCACAAUUCAUCGAGGACAUCCCCUGUUCGCAUGCUUUGCAGGAGACUAUCCAGAGCAAGUUUUAGCUACUGGAGUCAAGACAACUCAAUGUCCAAAGUGCGACGUUCCCUCCGACGAGCUUGGUCUAGCAGCUGGUGUUGCAAACUGGCAACCACGAGACCUGGGUGUGGUACUUGAUGCACUCUGUGCUCUUGACGAAGGUGGAUUGGCCUUUGUUCGUGCAUGCGCAGAUGCUGGCAUUAAGCCGAUUGUCCACCCGUUCUGGGAGGGACUACCCUUUGUCGAUAUAUUCGAAUCUGUAACUCCUGACGUUCUGCAUCAACUAUACCAAGGGCUCAUGAAGCAUCUCCUCGCUUGGCUUUCUGAUGCAUGUGGCAGUGCGGAGAUUGAUGCACGAUGUUGA